AUGUUAUUCCCGAAAGGUAUAGCCUUCUCUGGCGGCGGGAUUCGAUCUGCUGCAUUUUGUUCUGGUGUGUUGCGCUAUGUUCUUCAAGAUGAGAUCGACUUGGAUUACUUGAGCUGUGUUUCAGGCGGUGGUUUUACAGGGGCUUCCUACCUCGACUGGAAGUAUCACCACAAUCAACAAGACAGCCCAGAAUGGCACCAGAAGUUUUUCAAUCACUUGCGGAAGCGUAGCGGUUUCUUCUGCUCCUGGAGGAACCCCUUCCUUGGAAUCAUUGAUUCCAUAAUGUUGGUUCUUCUCUGCAUUGUAGUGGUUAUCAUCCUUCCCGCUUUCACCUCUCUUGCUUUUGCUCUACCCACAGCUUUCUCGGUGGAUUACAUUUUUGGUGAUAUACUUCGCGCAGGAUUUCACUGCCCUAAUCACUCCGCACCCAAAGAUGCCGCAGAAAGCGAAGGUUGUCAGUUCGUAGAGAGCCAUGAUGACACAUUUACUCUUUUUGGUGUUCUUUUCGCAAGCUGCGCGGGAUUCUAUGUGUUAAAAUCUCUUUUCCACCCCCGUCAUUUCUCUAUCCGUAACAUUCUUAAGGUGUUUUAUGUAAGCGCUGGUUCUAUGCUUUUAAUGACUUUUCUGCCAUGGUUUUUUGAAGUAUUUUUAAGGGUACAUACUUCAGUGUAUGUCAACGGCUUUCUCUUACUCGGAAGCAUUGCUCUAUGGCUUGGGUUUCCGCCACUCAGAAACACCGCCUCUUUAGCCAUGUUGGUGUAUGCUUAUGCCUAUGUAACAAAAUGGCGAGUGUAUAAAAGUCCAGUUUUAUUCAUCAGUUAUUCAGAGGAUCUCUUUUACGAGGCUCUUCUUGGAUCUGCCAUACUUCUUUGGAUGACACCCUUUUUAGGACUUUUAAAUAUGGGCGCAGUACAUACAUACAACAGGUGAGCCAUUGUGAACUAUGUUAUCUUUAGCUUUGAUAUUAGUGAUUAAAAAAAAACAGGCAACCUAUAGACAAAUGGUUAAAUUAACACUUCUUGUUCUAAAACAAGUAAUUUUGGAAAAAUAAUUAAAACGAAUUGGUAUCGUUGUAAAAAGGACUAAUUAUCUUUUGUGAAAAAUUUGCGAAUUAAAUUUCCACAAAUGGUGUUCUGUAUCUUUCCUUGCUCAUUCGGUUUCCGAGGUAACUUACUGAAGUUUUGCGCAACUUGCGCAACUUCAGUACGUUACCUUGGAAACUGAACACUUCCACCAAGUGCUUCCCCCAGGCUGCACUGCCGGCUGCCUCUCGGGAAAUGAGCUUACGCAAUCGACCGCACCGCGGAAGUCGAUCAGUAAAACAUGCCGUCUCUUACGAUUCACAGUGCGCAAUUCUUAUUUCUUAAAAGAAACUUUUAUCUAUAACAUGUAUCAUGUAAAGAUCUAGCCUUGACCGAAGUUUUUGGAGGGUUUGACAAGCAACCUGCUCUGUGAUGAUAAACCUGCACCCCUUUAAAGUUACUUCGCACCUUGAGGGGCCGAAAAAAUAAUUUUUCCUUUUAUUUGUCUAAACUGAAUUCGAACAUUUUACAUAACGAUUCCAAAAGAAAAAGAUAUCAAAUCUCCAAAAGCACCCGAGUUCUUUGGGAAAACGUAUUUUUAAAUAAAAGCUAAUAACUCAGGAACGUGUCAUAAUCUCGCACCUGGGCGAACUCCCCGGGGGAGUUUUCGCAGCAACUGCACAUCUUGGGGCAUGUUUUUCUAUUGCGCAAUUGACAAUAUUCACUCGUGGAAGCUCUUUCCUUUUGGAAAAAUCUUUGCUCAUGGAAAUAUCAAAAGCAAAAGAAAGUCUUUUUUUCCUUCAAAGAAGAAAAAGAAAAAGAAGGUCCAAAGAAGACAGAAAGAGUAACCUUCUGUCAAGGACAGAAAAAAAAUUCUUGGUGAAAACAAUCAGCGCUGACGGAGCUCCACGUAGCGUCCAGAUCUCGAACAAAGAGUUCGCCGUCUAACCAAAAUUUGUCAUUCAUAAAGUUAAAAAUCGGGUUUCCUUUUUAUUUAUGCAAGUACUAGCCUUGAUACGAAAACAUUAACAAUCGCUUCGAAUCGUAAGUUUGAAAGUUGUCUGUCGAGUCGUUGUCUUCCCUCUCAGCACAUUUUCCAUUUUUACCGCGGUACUUUCCUUUGCCUUUAGCUUUUUUGCUUAUUAUUGCGUCGUUCUCCUCAACGCUCCCCUGGGCGAUCGAGAUAAAAACGUGUCUACCAUGGGUUACUUUUCACGUAAAAUUUUGAUCCAUCGUCAUUGACGCCAGGAGGUCCCGAUGUCCCAUUGGUUUGCAGUUUUAGGAGGUGAGAUCAUCUCCUGACGUGGCGCGAGUUGUUUACGAACCUUUCUGAGUUAAAAUCUCGCAUUUGAUUUUGGCUGGAAUGUAUCCACUUUAGGCGAAUUUGUAGUGCAUUUAGAUUCAACCGAUUUUCGUCAAUUUUCGCUAAAACAUUCCAGGAAUGAUGACAAAGGAAAGUGUGUCGGGAAAUUUUGAUAUUUGAAGCUUCCAUUUACGCAACUCGUCCCACAUAUAUUUAGCUACUCCAACUUUAGAUGUCGAUAUCCAGACAACCAAUCAGAAUAUCGAAAAAGUCUAAUAGGCUUUUGUUGAUUGAUGCCUUGUGAACAAGAUUGUGCAGCCAUUUUGCUCGUGCUGCGGCACCCGAUACCCGAUAAAUUCAAUAGAAGAACCUUCAGCCGUUUCACGCCCCACCGGCUUCUGACACUUCCUGAAAGGAAAAUUCGCUUAAAUUAUAUUUUUAUCGUAAACUGCAUUUACUAAGCUUUCUUCUAAUGAAUAUUUUGCUAGGAUUUUAGUGAAACUAGCGCGCUUACGAAUUUUUUUCCAAAGGACACCCGCGUAGGUGGGAAAUUAUCUUAACGUAUAGAUUUUGUUUUCUUUUCCAAGAUGGCGUCUUCAAAAGGCUUUUUUCGCACCUCAGAGCACCGAGUGCUUAGGAUGUUCUGGGAUAUCCUUCAAUGAUGUCAUACCGUUUUGCUCAUGUGCAGACACUCCUGAGUGGGAGAGACUGGACAAAGGAUUCGUUACUCUGGGUGAGUGCGUUUUUCAAAAAAUAAUUGAUGAGGAAAAAGUUUCAACUAAACGGUCUUUUUAUUUUAUUCAAUACUUGAGUCAAAGACAAUUUAAUCAUUUCUGCAUGGUACAGUAUAUAGAUGUUAAUUUGAUCAAAUGAGAGAAGAGCCGGUUUGUAAUGUUUUGUCGAAAAUGUUUCCGGACUCACGCUGGAGAGAAUCCUCGAGCUCUCAUGCUCGACUUAGAUCGACUCUUUUAGAUCAGUCGAAAAUAUUUGAAGCAGAUAAAACUAAUGUACCAUUUGAAGCCAAAAAAUAAAACCCCAUCAAAUACAAGGGGGCAAGGUGCUUUUUUAAUUUCACACCUUUUCCGCAUUAUCUAAUCUGAUUUCUAUUCGAGCCAAACUCAGGUCAGUCCUGGUCAGAGUCGGAUCAAAGCGAAGUACUUUUCAGGUCAACCUCGGGCACGUUCGCGUAAAACUCGGUUCCGGUAAACAAAUGAAGUACUUACGACUGCUCUGUUGGAUUUAUUUUUCUCCUCAUCCUACUUGCUUUUGAUAGGUGACCUUGCAGAUAUGAAACCAGAAUAUAUUUGUAACACAGUUGUGAACAACUGGCAGAAGGAACCUGGUGGGGUCCGCUCGGACUCCUAUGAGCUUCUCACCUUGUCCCCCACGGGGAUAGAAAGACUGGACGAGAGUCCGGAGGAACACGACAGCUUUGCCGGUACUGCAAUUAUUAUCUCCACGGUAUUUUUUUGACAAAUAGACAAGCAGUGACGUUUUUUAAAGAUGAUUACGUCUCGCCUCCUGAAAACACACGCAAAAAAAGAACUUCGCCAAUAUCCAGCCAUCUUGACCUCCCGCUUGGUCAAUAACGCAUUUUUAUUUCACUAUCGGCGCUAACAAAAAAAUUCUUAUUAUCUCAAUAAGAUAAGCUUUACGAUGUAUCCAACAGGAAAAAUCCAACCACGUGGUCUUCCACUGUCUGAUGUCAUGGCAACAUCAGCGGCUGUUCUGGCGCUGUACAUGGGUGUGUAUGACGUCAAGACUGAGGCAGUGCGUAACCUUCAAAUGGUGUUGGGGGUGCAUAGUGGAAAAUCCCUGAUAUCAGAUCCAGACAGAGAUGUGGCAGGAUCAACAAUUUCUUGUUGUAGGGUAAGUUUCUUUUGCCCUAACAAAGACAUUUGGAUCAUUGACUUUAUGUAGGAGCGAAGACUGAGCCUGGAUCAUCCUUCGAAUUCCGGUUACAAGUUAUGACGUCAUCUUAGGAAGUUCCUUACGGUUAUUGCAUUUUUAAUCCACGUCAAUCUUCACCAUCCUUAGAUCUCCUCAGCCAUGCUUGUCCAUUCUUGGUUUAUCAUUUCCUCAUUUGUGUUAAACUGUCUUAUCAAACUAAAAUCCUGUAGCCUCCUUCAACAGUUGCGCGGUGUUACUUUGUAAUUAUGAUGUCACGCAACCGUGACAUCAACCUACACUCUGAGAAACAAGCGCGAAGCGCAAGGGACCACGGGAAGAAGGGAAAAAGCGUUCCUUUCCUCAUUUGAGUGCCUAUUGGUUGUUUAAUAGAUAGAUCUCCGGUACGAGGCAGACUGAAACUAUAACCCUCAACCUUAGUCAUUAAAUAAAAAUAAAAACAUACAGCUACUGCUUAAUCUGAUCUUAUCACAAAAGUGCCAACAUUAUAUUUCGUUUCCUCCAGUUCCUGCCUGUCAUUAUACAGCUGUUUAUUGUGGUUCCCCUAAUUCUUCCGCCAUUUUUGAGUCAUGACUGGCAUGCUAUUUUGGUGGUCUGGUAUCUAUCUAUUGUUGUCCUGGUGAUGGUUACCGCUGCUUUGCCAACGGGCCCAGAAAAUGGCGGAUGGGCCGACAAGUUUGUGAGGUAACAGAGUCGCUGAAUGUAAAAUUCCUUCUUCAAAGCUUUUAAGUACUAGAAUAAACUCAAACAUUGCAUAAAGCAAGGUUAAAAAGAGUUUUAGAACCUAUCUGGUAUUUCAGCGGUUUUGCUUGUGCUACUCUCUCAACCAUGGCUGCAAUUGCGACACUUUCCCGCCUUUAAGACAGUUUGCUUGUAAUGUGAUGUGACUAGCUCCUUGUAAUUUGCUUCUUUCCUUUAUCCUGAUCGGUCACUGGUUAGUUUAUAUUCCGCCAAGCAAUAGUUAUUUGAAUUACGGCUUUAUUUGUGUUUGUUGCUUUCAGAUGGUGUGUUGUAAACAUCUACCAUGUCCGAUUUGCACGCCUGUUACUUCGGACUGUCGAUCUCGGUCCAGUUCCCCCGCCUCUCCUCAACCUUAGUGAUGGCGGUCACAUCGAGAAGCUGGGACUAUUAGCACUUUUGAAAAAGAAGCUGAAGAAAAUCGUGGUAGUCGACGGAAGCAGCAUGGGGGAAGGCAAUCCCGUUUCUACUCAGUUACUCUGGUCGCUUGAUUUGGCGCGAAAGAGGCUGCGGUGUUCUUUUAGUGCGAUGGACGGUCGAGACAUCGUCGAGGAUAUCCGAAGCAAGCUCGAGGAAGUGCCCGACAAUUAUAAGCCUCGGUUCUACAAGUUCAGGGUUGAUUACUAUGAGAAAAAUGUGGAUUGCUUGAGCGAUGAGAAGGUCGGGGAAGGGGAGAUUUUACUUAUACUACCUCGACAUCCAGACGAGGGUGAGUAGCAUUAUAUUUUUGAGAUUCAUUUCAUACUUCCUGUAUCAAUGACAAGAUUUUUAACUUUCCUUUCUGAAAGGUAUAUCCAACUCAACUGGAUCGUCGCAAUCAUGGAAGGAUUGCCUGCGUCACACUCAUCAACCAAUCAACAAUGAGUACUGGGGAACCGGUCCUGACCUUGAAGCGGGGGAAGUCGACCGAUUGAGUGGCUGCUGUUGUGAAUGCUGUCACGUGACUUGCUGUAAAAGCUGUUCUGGGUAAGAAUGACGUUUUUCGGAUAUCAAACCUAUGAGCGAACCCGAACUGUUCGUGUUCUUCAAUCGGUUUAUUUGGUCUAGAGUCUAGUGACCUGAGACAAUAGCUAUAGAGAACACUGCUUUAAGAACGCAGAUAUUUUACGAAUUCGGACUGAGGUAAUUUAUUUUCGUGAUUACUUUAAGUUGAUCUGUUUUCUUUUCAGGAUUUUGUGUGGAUUCUUUCCUCAUCACGCGACUCUCAAUCAGUUCUUCACCCCCGCAUUAUUUAGUGCCUACCACAGGGAGGGCUACCGCGCGUGUCUAGACGCCGAAAUUGGGCAGUUUUUAACCAAAGAGACUGGUGAAAAGAAAUAAGCAAUGGAUAAUGGUAGUUUAGUACCCAGACCUCCCGAAACGGCAUAAGGAUAAUAUGAAAAUGAUUGGCACCGGCACCGUAUGAACUCUGAGAUUUGACUUUCUUCCCAGAGUUCAUUCGUCGCCUGGAUAUUUUUCCCUUACUUAUUUUGGGUCAGGCGACAGAUCCCGCUGACGAAGAGGGAGUGAACAAUCUGAAUAGCUCCGUGUCUUUGCUACAAAUCGAGUCUUAAGCACAGCUUCCACAACAAGUUUUCUAAGCGCUUCAAUUUUUACGAAAAUUGUUACGGCGAUGGGAUUCUGUCGCACGGACGUAAGCCUAAACAACAGGUGUCAUGACUUGUUGCAGUUAUUAGAUGGAGUUAAGCACGAGGGUCGGGAGACGUCCGCGGACGAGGGGUGGGAGACGUGCGCGGA